GCCACAACAGUGCAAGAGGCUAAGCCGCGGAAUGGAACUGGAACCUCUUAGGAUGAUGUCAGCCGAAUCUCGAUGGCUGGCGGAUGAUGUGGAGGACCUGCUGGGCCUUGCUGAGUGGUCUAAUCGGAGGAUUCAUUCUGGGCUAUCUACCACACUAUCUGGAGAGCAGACAGCGAUUUGUCGAGCCCAGUGGAGUUGGAGCCGACUUGGUCUUCAGGGUUCAGAGGAUCUUCAGUCUUCAGAGCAAGUUCCAGAAGAUCGAUGUUCUCAGAUCUGACUUUUUCGGACACAUUCUGACGAUUGAUGACGAUUUGAUGCUGACUGAACGAGAUGAGUUCAUCUACCACGAGAUGAUUGCACAUGUGCCCGCAGCAUAUGUCCCAAACGCCCGUGACGCUUUGAUCAUCGGCGGAGGCGACGGCGGCACAGCGAAACAACUCUUGCGGCGGCCUUCCUUGGUGAAUUUGACGGUUGUGGAACUGGACGAGGAGGUGGUACAUGUCUGCCGCCGCUUCUUCCCCAGGUUGGCUUCCUCUUUUGAUGAUCCGCGGGUGACUUUGUUGUUUGCCGACGGCGCUUCAUGGGUGUCCAGCGCGGAGAGCCGGACGUUUGAUCUCAUUAUUGUGGACUCCACGGAUUUUGGCGCCGCCCAACCGCUGUUUGAAGAACGAUUUCAUCGUCACUUGCGGCGCAUCCUCGCGCCCGGGGGCAUGUUAGUGAUCAACCUCACCUCCUUGCCAUGGCAGCUGACCUCGGUUCAACGGAGCGUGGCGCGGCAGCGGCAGAUCUUCCGGCAUGUGCGGGUCUUCCAGAUUUACCAGCCGAGCUACACAUCAGGCCAUUACUGCUUUGCGAUUUGCUCCAAUGAUCUCGAUGCACAAGAUCUAGGCGCCAUCGAUUGGGCGGCCGCCACACGUGGCUUAGAAAUGCAGUACUACUCCCGUGAAGUGCAUCAGGGUGCCUUCGCACUCCCCGAGUUUGCAAAGAAGGCAUUGGGCCGAAGAGAACAGCGAAGACGGGUGCGGACGCCUGGCGUGUGGAAGUGUGGGAUGGGAGGAACGGGUGGUUGGGAGAGGUUGGUGAAGUCUUGAAGUUGCGCACAUCAGAAAGUAGUAGCGUCCGAUCGCUCCUAGUAGCGAUGCCAGGAGCCCCUAGUAGCGUCCUUGCUCCUAGC